AUGGAUUCAUCGUCAGGUCCAACACCUUUCCAAUGCACUUGUGCUCGGGAGUUCACACAGGAGAGUGCUUACACCAAGCAUCAGCACUCGUGCUUGAAAGGCAAGAAAAGGCUGUUCUCCGCUUUAUCUAAAGCAAAAGAGCUUCUCGGCUCUGUAAAAUGGUCCCGGACAGAUAGCAGUGGCAGAUGUACUUCAAGUACGCUAUUAGACCACCCGCUAGUACCAUCGUCGUCCUAUGACCAGGUCAAUGAGAUGUUGAUGGUAGAGACUUCUAUUGUUCGCUCAACUCCAUCAGCAACGCACCCCGGCGAGGAAGUGUUGUGUGAUUCUUCAUCGCACAGUGCACCCACUUCUGCAUCUCAUCUGCCAACGGAAAUAGACGAGGGAUUAUCGCUAGCCCAGCGUAGGAGCCGACGCACUGGUGUUCCUAUGCUGCUGCAUUAUAGGCAGUAUGAUGAUGUGCUUCUGCAGCCUCCUCCGAGUGUUCCUUCCAGUCUUCCUGGCAAACAGCUGGAGUCAAACCUACCUGAAAAUUUUAUCGAUGCAUCUACCAGGGCUCGUGCAUCACUGCCAGCUCCUCCUUUCCGCACAGCGAGAAAUGUUUUUGGCCUUGUACGCCAAUUCUUCUCCGUGACUCCCCCGUCCCAUGACCCAGAAGAGGUUAUAAACCUGCAAGACAUCAGUUCUAUCCCGGCUAGCACUCCGGCAGAACCGCCUGUCCCUGCCGAGCCUCAUGAUGCCUUGUUUUAUCCAUAUCCAAAUCAAUCCUCAUUUGAGCUUGGCCAUUGGUACUGGAAUGGCAGUGUACAAAAAUCCCUGCAGAGCUUUAAGGAACUGACUGACAUAGUCGGAUGUCCGGAUUUUGAUCCAGACGAUGUCCAAAAUACGCACUGGGAUAAGAUCAACUCGCAAUUAGGUGCGAGUGUUGAUGACGAAGGAGAGGAAUGGGAAGAUGAAGACACAGGUUGGCGUAAAAUGCAAGUGACGAUUGAAGUUCCAUUUUCUCGAACUACAGCUCAGCCGGGCACUCAACCUUAUGUUGCUGCAGAUCUUUAUCAUCAACCUCUGGUUUCCGUUAUUCGUGAAAAGCUCUCAAAUGCUCAGGACGAUGAACUCUUCCAUUACAAACCUUACCAGCUGUGA